AUUUUAGAAGGUUUAAACUCAAGAGUCACCGCUGUCACUGAUAACUACGAGAAUGCUGUGGUGGUUGUCGGCACUGCUUAUGUUGCAGAUCUGGAAAUGGCGUCCGGGGGAUUGUCAGCCUGACCGGUCAGAAAGCGUGAAGUUGAGGUUGAUGAACGGAGGCAGUCGAUGCGCCGGGAGACUGGAGGUUCAUUAUUGGGGAAUCUGGGGGACUGUGUAUGAUAAUGCAUGGGACCAUAAGGACGCGACUGUGGUGUGCCGGGAGCUGGGUUGCGGCAAAGCGGUGGAUGCCCCGGGCGGGGCUCACUUUGGAGCAGGUUCCGGACCAGUUUGGACCUACAAUGUUCAGUGCAACGGAAACGAAGCAACCCUGCGGGAGUGUAAAUCUAGCACUUGGGGUCAUCGUGCGUUGUCUCACUCCAAUGAUGCUGGUGUCAUCUGCUCAGGUCACAGAGUUCCAAGAUUGGCGUCCGGGCAUGAGGAAUGCUCAGGAAGACUGGAGAUGCAGUUUGGUAAAACCUGGAAAACGGUGUGUGACCUGCUCUGGGACAUGGAAGAUGCCAAUGUGGUGUGCCAUCAGCUUCAAUGCGGAGUCGCUGUCUCUAUGCUCGGUGGAGCCCAUUUUGGAGCGGGGACUGGAACUAUACAGGACGGUGUACUUAACUGUUGGGGUAAUGAGUCAAACGUUCUGGAAUGUCCAUUUUCUUCAAGGAAUCAUGGUUGCAACCACACGAAUGAUGUCAGUCUAAUCUGUUCUGGGAAGGAUGGACCACGACUGGUUGGCGGGGAGAACAGAUGCUCUGGCCGUGUGGAAGUCCUGCAUGGAGACCAGUGGGGGACACUUUGUGAUGAGUACUUCAGCCUGGAAGAUGCAAGCGUGGUCUGCGAACAGUUACAGUGCGGUACAGUAAACGCAACUGCCAAGAGUGCUUACUUUGGCAAAGGAAUCGGGCCGAUGUGGAAGGAUAACUACCACUGUCUGGGAAACGAGUCCCGAUUAGCUGAUUGUUCAGUCUCAGCCUGGGGGGAGAUUCGCUGUUCACAUGGGAAUGACGCCAGUCUUAUCUGCACUGAUGAAAGUUGGUCCUUGAGACUGAACGAUGGGGGAAGCCGCUGCGAUGGCCAAGUGGAGGUGUAUGAUAAUGGUAUCUGGCAUAGACUGCAUGAUAAAUUUUGGACUAUCAAUGAAACAAACGUUGUCUGCAGACAACUGCAUUGCGGUUCCGCGAUAACUGCCUACAACUUAUCUAAGUAUAGAGGGAAUGAAUGGCCCGUGUUGGUGACGGACGUUCAAUGUGAAGGAAAUGAGUCGCACCUCCGAAACUGCAAGCGUUCAAUGCCGAAACAAUCUUCUUCUGACAUCACUGGUGUUGGUGUCCUGUGUUCAGGCCACUUGCAAUUAAGGCUGUCCGGAAGUGAUGAUGCAUGUGCUGGAAGACUUGAGAUUUAUCACGACGGAUCCUGGGGAACAGUUUGUGAUGACUCCUGGGAUCUGGAUGAUGCUAAUGUGGUCUGCAAGCAACUGGGUUGUGGAUCUGCUUUGGAGGAUAAAACAAUUCUUGAUUACUGUGGUCAAGGUACUGGAGUAGUUUGGUUGGAUGAAGUAAAUUGUUCGGGUAAUGAACCGCAUCUUUGGGAAUGUCCUUCAGCUCCAUGGGGCCAACAUGACUGCACCCAUAAAGAAGAUGUGACAGUUAAGUGUUCCGAACACAAAGAAAUAUGCCUGAUGAAUGGAGAGCGGCGAUGUGAAGGCAGAGUGGAAGUGCGGUACAAUGGGACGUGGGGAACAGUUUGUUCCGAGACACUGGAUAAAAAUGCUGCAAAUUUGAUCUGUAAACAAAUGAAAUGCGGACCCCUGAUAUCUAUUAAACAUGACUCCAGUACAUAUGGAAAGGGAUCUGGUCUAAUAUGGCUGGAUGAGCUAAAAUGUUCUUCAUACGAGUCCUCCUUUUGGCAGUGUCGUGCUGACCCAUGGGGGAAACACAACUGUGACCACAGGGAGGAUGCAGGAGUUGUAUGUGAAGAAGCAAGAAUACCAGAGGGUUGCAGCGUAAAGUCUUGCGAUUCAAGAAAUGUACCUGGUUCUCAAGAAUUGCAGUUGCGUCUUUUUGGCAGCAAUGCCAAUUGUUCAGGAAGGUUGGAGAUAUUUUUCAACAAUACCUGGGGCACUGUAUGUGAUGAUUCCUGGGAUCUGGCCGAUGCCAGUGUUGUCUGCAGGGAUUUGGGCUGUGGCUCUGCCCUUUGGACACAAGCGCCGGAUGAAAUUAUUCAGAGUGAGGGUGAUAUCUGGCUGGAUGAAGUGAAAUGCAAAGGGAGUGAAUCUCUUUUGUCCAGUUGUCCUUCCUCUCCACUCGGUCAACAUGACUGUGAUCACAAGGAAGAUGUCUUUGUUGUUUGUUCUGCAAUGCCCAUACGUCCCGCUAAUUCCACCGAUUCAGUGUUCGUUACUGUCUGCAUUACCCUUGGGAUCAUCCUCGUGGCUGAGUUUUUUGCCCUGCAGCUGAUAAUAAAGAUACAGUCAGCAAGAAGAGGUGCAGUGUUAAAAGGCGGAGACUCAGCCGAUAUCUUUUACCAAGCAAUUUAUGAAGAGAUUGAGACUAUUCCACACGUCAAAAAGUUGGAUAAUACAGGAGAUUCAGGUUCUGGUUCAAUUGAUUCUCUCAAUCAGAUCGACUAUUACACUGGCGACCCGUUUAACAGCACCGUUCAUGGACUAGAAUGUAGUGAAGGAAACCGCUGUGUUCCCGAUCUGGUUCCCGGCGCUGAAAGUAAUACGAUUGAUUAUCCUGAUGCUCUGGCCCGGAUGGCCAGCGGUACCGACAAUCUGAUGAUGCUCACAGUUUCCCAAGAUGUCCAUGAAAAUGAAGGGCGUCCGGGGGAUUGUCAGCCUGACCGGUCAGAAAGCGUGAAGUUGAGGUUGAUGAACGGAGGCAGUCGAUGCGCCGGGAGACUGGAGGUUCACUACUGGGGAAUCUGGGGGACUAUGCAUAGUUAUACUUGGGACCUACAAGACGCGACUGUGGUGUGCCGGGAGCUGGGUUGCGGCAAAGCGGUGGAUGCCCCGGGGUGGGCUCAGUUUGGAGCCGGUUCCGGACCCGUUGUGACCCAAAAAGUUCAGUGCAACGGAAACGAAGCAACCCUGCGGGAGUGUAAAUCUUACCCUUGGAAUCAUUAUACAUGGCCUCACUCCAAUGAUGCUGGUGUCAUCUGCUCAGGUAAAAAUCAGGAUUUUGUCCCUUCCAUCUCGCUGGAUUGA